GCGCAUGCUAGGCAAUACAGCGGACGCCUCACCAAGUCACAGUCCGGCGUGCGUAAAAAGUUAACUUGGCUGUACGUACAGACAGUUGACGUUUUUCACCGGCUCCUGUCGUCGUACCUGCACUGUCAGUUGACAAUGACAAUUGGUUGCUGACUAAAAAUGGCCAAUUAUGUAUACAAACGAUUUCUUCACUCCUCUGUCAGGCGCUUAGGUAGCGAUACUAAAUUUCAAUGGAUCAGGCCAACCGGUACCGACACUAAUUUACUUGUGUAUAAUCCAGUCAAAAAAUGCAAAACUCCUCUAAUUUUACGACAUCCAAACGUUGCCACUUGGUACAUGUGCGGACCAACUGUGUACGACUCUGCUCACAUAGGCCAUGCUUGUACAUACAUGAAAUUCGACAUUAUUCGUCGAGUGAUGACGGAAUUUUUUGACAUCAAUGUUGUCGUAUGUAUGGGAAUGACUGACAUAGAUGAUAAAAUAAUUAAAAGAGCCAUUGAUACCGGAGAAAGCUGGCAAAGCAUCACUCAACGUUAUGAAAAUGAGUUUUUUUCCGACAUGGACUCUUUAAAUAUUUCUCGACCAAUGUCGUAUUGUAAAGUAAGCGUUUACAUACCUCAAAUAGUUGAUUUUAUAAAAAAAAUUGCAGACAAAGGCGGUGCUUACAUAGGAAAAGAUGGUUCCAUGUAUUUUGACACAUCCAAACACUCUAGUUAUGGGAAAUUAGAAGUUCCUCAAAUUGAAGAGACCCACCAGAACAAAAGGUCUUCAUUAGACUUUGCUUUGUGGAAGAGGUCUAAAGAGAAUGAACCAUAUUGGGAAAGUCCAUGGGGUAGAGGCAGACCAGGAUGGCACAUAGAAUGUAGUGCAAUUGCAAGUGCCAUUUUUGGAAAUAACAUUGACAUUCACAGUGGAGGCAUAGACUUGGCAUUUCCUCACCAUGAAAAUGAAGAAGCUCAAUCAUGUUGUCAUCACAAUGUUGAACAGUGGGUUAAUUAUUGGUUACAUACAGGACACUUACAUCUAGAAGGUGACACCAAAAUGUCAAAGAGUUUGCAAAACACAGUAAGCAUUGCUAAUAUGCUAAAAAGUUGUACACCAAACCAAUUUAGAAUGUUUUGUCUUCUCAGUCACUAUAGAAAUAAUGUUAUUUAUUCUAGUCAGCUAGUUAAUACUGCAUCAGAAUUAUUGAAGAAAAUUGAGUUUUUCAUUAGCAAUUGCAAUGAUUAUGUUGCUGGAAACUAUUUUGGUGGCAAUGUAGAUAGUAUCACGUUGUUAAAAAAUCUAGAACAAACUAGAAAGAAAGUUUAUGAAGCUCUAGCUGAUGAUUACAAUACUCCAAAUGCUAUGCAAGCUAUUAUAAAAUUCAUUUCUUCCACUAAUAAAAUGAUUGCAGAUGAGAAGAAAACAAAUGGUAUAAGAGACCCAGGGAGUGUAGCUGCUGCUUCUAAUUAUGUGCAGACUUUCAUUUCAAAAUUGGGAAUUAAACUUUCAUCUGAAAGGCAAAGCAGGAGUAAUUUAUCUAAUAUAUUAGAUAUUCUAAUCAAUUUCAGGCAUGAUGUACGAUUGCAAGCCAGAAAAGACAAAAAUAUGGAACUUUUACGGUCUUGUGACACUGUAAGAACAAGUUUGUCUAAUUGUGGAAUUGACGUGAGAGAUCGAGCUGAUCAAUCAACGUGGACAAUAAGAAGUAAAUAAUAAGAAAAAAAAAGUUGUUGAUAAUUGUCAAAAUUUUAAUAAAUUUAAUUUAUUUUAUAACGUUGAA